CUCAAUUAGGUUUAGACGAUAUAAACUAUCCGACGCUAAAUUCAUAAAAACCCCGCAGCCCUAAUUUCGGAUCUCCUCAAGCUUCAAUUACCAGCGCAACGAUGGCGAAAUCGAUGAGAUGCAAGAGGGUGAAGAGAUUGAGAGCUAUAAGAAGAGGAAUAGUUGAGAAGGAAUCAUUCACCUUAACGAGAGAAGACGCCAAAUCCGCCGCCAUCGAAGCCGCACUCGCCGCGCCGAAGCUACCGGUUCGUCAACCACCAGCUUCUCCGUUCAUGGAAGUUGCGACGUCGACCUCCGAGCCUGCCUCUGCCUCCGGCACUACCGCCAACAAUAUGGAUGUAGAAAUGGAUGAUGAGAAGCAAACCAAGUCGCUAAAACCCGUCGGGAGGAAGAUGAAGAAGAAGUUCAAGAUGGGGAUGAAGAAUCGUCGCAGUAAGGGUGUUCUUCGAGGCAAGCGAGUCUAAAACUCUUUUAGGUUUAACCACCAAACUUGUUUGCCUUUCUUCUUGUUUGUUUCAGCUCGCAUAAUUUUGUUCACUCUAAAUUCUCAAACGUCGUAGAAUAUAUCUUCUUUUGUGUUGCUUUAUUUCGCUAGACUCAUCAGUAUUAUAGAAAAAACGUGACUGAUUCUAAAGACGUCUGAUAUUGGCUCGUGUCU